CUGAGCGCUGCAGCUCAGGAUCGCAAGGCCAGAUUAGCACAGCUCAAGUCUCUGAAGCGGAAACAACCCGAUACACAAGGAGACCAGCAAGACAACAGCGAAUCCGCGCCAAAGUCGCCUCGAACUGAGGCAGCCGACACCACCACAGAUUCGAACGGCGUCUCGAAAUAUGUCAGCGGACGCAAUUACGACGCAGAGACACGAGGCGCAAAGCUGGGCUUCGAGAGCGCCCCCUCAGAAGGCAAAGAGACUCUGGAGAAGAAGGCGGCAGAACUCGCAGCCGAGACAAAACGUCAGGCAGAGGAGGAGGAGAAAGCGGACAAGCCACUGGAUCUGUUCAAGCUACAACCCAAGAAGCCUAAUUGGGACCUCAAGCGUGAUCUGGACCGCAAGCUGGAGGUGUUGGGUGUGCGCACCGACAAUGCGAUUGCGCGGCUGGUGAGGGAGCGGAUAUCUGGGCAACAGAAGGCUGCGCAAGCC